UUGUCCUGCAGCUAUUGUACAUAACUAUUGAGUUGCAGUUCUUUAUCAGUCAAACAAUGGCUCUCUGUGAAGACCAUCCCAUCCAUGUCCUGAGACAACCCCAUCGGAGAGAUACUACAUUUGGUAACUCAAAAUUGUUGCAUCUCAUGUUACAAGAUGUGUGAUGCUAUUUUGAUUCUGAUAAGGUCCAGUACUAGUAAACUAUAGUUCGGUUCAAACUAGUUUGUCUACUUGUCAUAUAUAUGAAAUUUGGGUGUAUUUCUGUGAUUUGUGUGAUUGAUAGGAUAUCCUGAGAACUGUCAGUCUAUCACCACUCACCCUAGAUGAACCAUGUUUAAUGUCUGGUUUGUCAGUACUUAUCUGAUAUAAUGCACUUUGAUUGAUUAACUCUCAGUUGUGCAUCAUUGCGUUCAUGCCACCAGCUGUCAAUGAACUGUUACAAUCUCGUGGUUUUUGGUCGGCGGAUCAUGGUAGAUGCUUCAGAUCACAGUGACAUGGUUGACUUGCAUGGAGUAUCGAUCCCAAACUUCAUUUUUUUUGUCAAUCUCACGUAGUGCUGUGGUUAACUGUAUGUCAACCCAUUAAAUCUUUUGGAUGGUAAUGCUUGAUGUGAACAGCCUGAAAUCAGGGACCUCAUGUGCUCCAUGAUGCCAUCUGUCUGAUGAAAGAUGUGUCUUGUCAUGCAGGCAGUGUAGUCUGAGUUUGUAUAUUUUUCUAAUGCAAACCCACAAUAGGUGCCCUCGGAGUUGAAGGACUCUGAUAGUAAGCAAUGUGCCACAAACUCGGUAUAUUGCAUCAGUUUUCCUGUAGAUUAUAUUUUUCAGGUCCUAAAUUUGUACCAUCUUCAUUUGAGUGCAUGUACCACAUCACAUGGUUGACAUUUAGCCUUGUAGUUCUUAUGUUUACCAGAAGCAACAGCUGAAUUGCGUUUCUCUUGAGUUGACCUUAUUGCUUCUGUUCUUUUGAUGUUUACGCAGGAGCAGCGGCUCGUGCAUGGACAGCUAACACCUGUACGCUUCUGAAUAUGAGUCAGUAAAAUAUCCAGAAGGAAAUAAAAGGUGUACAGCUCCCAAGAUCGAUGAGCAGUACCAAUCCCCCUUCCGCGACCAGCCAUGUUGCCCUCACACGCCAUCUGCUGGAGCAUGGAUGCGGGCACUCUGAAUGGCAGUCCAGAUGCAGAGGAACUGACUCCAUGAGUUUAAAAAAGGGGCUUCUUCAGGCAUCAGCUUCUUCAUCCCCUUCUGCCGCCUCUGCCCGAUGUCGACGACGGUGCAGGAGCCGCCGCACGUCCUGGCCGUGGACGACAGCCUCGUCGACCGCGUCGUCAUCUCCAGGCUCCUCCGCAGCUCCAAGUACAGAGUGACGACGGUGGACAGCGGGAAGAAGGCGCUGGAGGUGCUGAGCCUGGGCCACGAGAGCGUGCAGCUGAUCAUCACGGACUACUGCAUGCCGGAGAUGACCGGCUACGACCUGCUCAAGCGGGUCAAGGAGUCGGCGGAGCUGCGCGGCAUCCCGGUGGUGAUCAUGUCGUCGGAGAACUCCCCCACCAGGAUCCGCCGGUGCCUCGACGAGGGCGCGGAGGAGUUCCUCAUCAAGCCCGUGCGCCCCUCCGACGUCUCCCGCCUCUGCAACCGGGCCAUCGCCGCCAUGCCCAUGCGGUAGCAACGGUCGGUCACGGCGCCGGCGUGUGCCGUGCUGCUGAUCGGUGCCAGUCUGCUAGCUUGCUAAUCCAGUCCUCCUCCCCCCUCUGUUGAGUUCUCACUGACGAGAUAAUCCCAUGUACAUGCGUGAUGCGUGUGCUGGUUGCAUGGUGAAAUCAAAACUGAAUGAAUUCCAUGGCAACCCACGGAAUGUAUGUAUUCCAACUUACCAAGGUAUGAAAUCCACAACUAAUGGUGAAACAAUAAAGCGUUAGGCCAACAAAUGGAAAAGGCCCCAUUAUUAUUAUUAUCUAACAAAAACCAGUCAAAAAAAUAUCUGGUUGAGCAA